AUGUCCAACGAGAAGAAGCUCAAUGUCUUGAUGUGUGGUACGGGGGAGUACACGACGGGAUGGACAGGAUCAGGCGCUUCGAAAUCGGACAAGAAAAUCGGAGUCGUCGGCCUGACGCUCUUCGAUCUGCGAAGGCGGGAGAAGGUCGACAAACUCAGCAUGGUCGGCGUGAACGGAUCGAAGUUCCCCGCCAUCCGCCAGCACCUUUCGGAGAAUAUCGCGGGCGUCUACAAGGACAUGGAUGUCACCUUCCAAGCGUAUCCUCCGGAAAACAAGGUUGACCCCGACGCAUACAAAGAGGCGAUCGACGCGCUGUCGGCAGGAGACGCGGUCAUCAUCUUCACGCCGGACAACACGCACUUUGCUAUCGCGAUGUACGCGAUCGAGCGCGGCAUGCAUGUGCUGGUCACGAAGCCCGCCGUGCAGACCCUGCAGCACCACAACGAGCUCAUCGCGGCAGCCAAGAAGCACAACGUCGUCUGCUUCGUCGAGCACCACAAACGAUUCGACCCGGUCUACAGCGACGCGAAGGCCCGCGCGCAAACUCUCGGCCAAAUGAACUUCUUCAGCGCGUGGAUGAGCCAGCCCAAGAGCCAACUCGAGACCUUCCGCGCAUGGGCCGGCAAGGAUUCGGACAUCAGCUACUACCUCUCCUCCCACCACAUCGACAUCCACUGCUGGAUCGUCCAAGACUUCGCGGUCCCCACCCGCGUCGUCGCCAGCGCCGCCACGGGGAUCGCAACCUCGGAGCCGUACAACUGCGUGCCGCAGACGGAGGAUACCAUCACGCUUCUCGUCGAUUGGCAGUCCACGACGUCCACGAAGCACAAAGGAACCGCCGUGUACACCGCAUCAUGGACCGCGCCGCUCAAGAGCGGCGUACACUCGGCGCAGCACUGGUACUACAUGGCGGAAAAGGGCGAGAUCAACGUAGAUCAGGCCCACCGUGGAUACGAUAUCGUCGUCGACGACAGCGGAAAAUCAUACUACAAUCCCUUCUACAUGAAGUACUCGCCAUCGGAGAGCGGGCACUUCGACGGCCAGCGCGGGUACGGGUACGUCAGCAUCGAAAAGUUCAUCGACGCCGCGCGGUCGAGCAACGCGGGCACGACCCAGCCCGCCGACUUUGACAAGCACGGGCUGCCGACGAUCGCCAACACCGUGCUCACCACCGCCAUCCUGCACGCGGGCCGCAUCAGCCUCGACGAGAAGCGCGCCGUGGGCAUCAAGAAGAACGGCGACGAGUGGAUCCUGGAGUGA